UUCUAAAACAUGUGCCAAAAAUCACGAAACAAAAACACAUAAUCCAUUGUUAUUAUUAAUAUGUUUUUUUAACGCACAAAUUUGAACCUAAGCUUCGCCAACACAACAAACCAAAAAUUAAAAAUUAAAAAUCAGUUAAAUUUCUAUCAUCUCAGAUCAGGUGCUUCGAUCUCUCGAUAGUGUAUGAUGUUAUUGCUGUGUUUUGAUCAGGUUUACAGUUCAGAACUUCGGUUGAUUUUGAGGAGUUUCUUUUAGCUGUUCUUUAUGGGUGCUCCAAAGCAGAAAUGGACACAAGAAGAAGAAGCUGCAUUAAAAGCUGGGGUUAUUAAACAUGGGGCUGGCAAAUGGCGCACAAUACUUAAAGACCCAGAAUUCAGUGGUGUCUUGUAUCUGCGUUCUAAUGUUGAUCUCAAGGACAAGUGGAGAAAUAUGAGUGUGAUGACCAAUGGAUGGGGAUCACGGGAAAAGUCUAGGUUAGCUAUUAAAAGAACAGCACAUGCCCCUAAACUGGAAGAGAACUCUUUGUCUCUUGCUGCUAAUGCUGCUCUAAGCGAUGAGGAAGAAAUUUUGGAUGUUAAGCCAGUCACAGUCAGUGGUGUGCCGCAGAUUGCUGCUGCUCCAAAGAGAUCUAUAGUAAGGUUGGACAACCUUAUAAUGGAGGCUAUAACCACCUUGAAGGAGCCUGGUGGUUCUAAUAAGACAUCCAUUGCUGCAUACAUUGAGGAGCAAUACUGGGCACCUCCAGACUUUAAGAGGCUAUUAUCGGCUAAAUUGAAAUAUUUAGCAGCAACUGGGAAACUCAUUAAGAUAAAACGCAAGUAUAGGAUUGCACCCACAAUACCAUUUUCUGACCGAAGAAGAAAUUCUUCCAUGUUACUCAUAGAGGGAAGGCAGAGGGUUUCUUCUCAAGUUGAUAAUGAUGAUGUUAAUAUUCCUACAAAAUCUCAGAUUGAUUUAGAGUUAGCCAAGAUGAGGAGUAUGACUCCUCAAGAGGCUGCUGUUGCUGCUGCUCGAGCAGUUGCAGAGGCUGAAGCUGCCAUAGCAGAAGCUGAAGAAGCAGCAAGGGAGGCAGAGGCUGCAGAAGCUGAUGCAGAAGCCGCACAAGCUUUUGCAGAAGCUGCAAUGAAGACACUGAAAGGAAGAAACAACCCAAAAAUGAUGAUACGAGCCUGAUGGAAAUAAAGGGAGGCAACUACGUAGCUUCAUAGACCCGACAAAUCGCUUCCACCCAAAAUGGACAAUGACGAGCAAUUAACCAGUGCAUUUUUUUAUUGAUCCCCAGUUACAUGAAUGUCCUUUGUGACAUUUGUUUGUACUUGUAAAUAUCAUUAGGCCUCUUGGACAGGUAUGUGCAGGAUAACCUUCACGGCAUACUACCAUAUCCUGUGAAAAUGGUAGAUCACGAAAUAGCUUUUUCUUGUUGACCAUUUGGAAGAUGGGUCAUGUCCUACUGCUUUUUUUCUUCUUGUUGGCUUAUGUAGGAUCUUCUUGUUUGUAGCUGAUAUUUAUUGAUUUUUAGAAAUUUGAAAAUGCAGCAAAAUGUAGAAAUUAGUGUAGAAAGAAAUUAAUAACAGUUGGAUUCAUGGUUCCGACUGAGAUGUCUGUUAUGUAACCCUUCUUUCUCCAUGCCUUUUGGAGCUCUGUGAUGGAAGUGAAUGUAUUAUAGAUGGUUUUUGCAGCACUUAAUUCUAAAUUAAGUACGUCAUCGGCUUUCAUA